CAUGGAAGGCAGCCCGAGUACGUCGAGUGGUUGUCAUGCGGUAUCGGCGCAAUCAUGGCGCGGCAGGCGAGUUGUGACGUCAUACCGGUCGGCAAACAACAAUGAGACGCGACCGCCGGGCAACAGCGCGUCACGACCUUUGGGACCCAGGCGCCAGGGCCAGGCACAACGAGAUUGGCGCCGUACCGAGCAAGCAGCACCACGUACUUCAUCGGGGCCGGAAUGUAGUGUUUGUGGUCGGCCGCAUGACUCAUCGAGUUGUAAAUUCGCAAAUUAUGUUUGUCGCGUGUGCAACCAGCCGGGGCACUUGAAGAAGAUGUGUCCCAGGUUACAGAUGAGCGUUUGUACAUACAAAAAUGAAGCACAAGACGAAGCAAGCAGCGAUUUCAGCGAUGAGAUACAGUGAAGUAUUUGCGGAGGGGCUCGGUCGGUAUACGGGUGGCGAGGUGAGCUUGCGAGUGCGCGAGGGUGCGAGGCCCGUGUUCUUGCGCGCGCGACCGCUGGCGUACGCGCUGCGUGAGCCGGUGGAGCGCGCGCUGGACCAGCUGGAGCGCGACGGCGUCAUCACGCCGGUGGACUCGUCGGACUGGGCCACGCCGAUCGUACCCGUCGUCAAGACGGACGGAACCAUAUGGAUAAGCAAUAUAACUACAAUAAAAUAG